AUGAGCCAGCCGCGCGCUCGUUCCGCCGCCACCUCCUCGCACGGCGCUUCCGCCACCCCGCUCGACCUCCGCCGCGAGUUUCUUCGGCGAGCCGCGGAGUCGCUCGCCGUCAGUUCGCCGCCCGUUGCCGCCCACCUCGGGCGGUGCGUGCAGCUGCUGACGCCAGCGGAAGGGGGAAGAGGAGGGGGUGGCGGCGGCAGCAGCGGCGAAGGUGGUGGCAGCGGACAGUCUGUUUCCAAGGCAAUGGCGAUUGACGGGAGUGUGCUGUGCGCGGGAUGCGGCCUCCCCCAGAUCCUGCCUUCCACGUGCACCCUCACCAUCGGAUCCGCACAUGUACUGCACUAG